GGAACGAGCGCGCCGCUCGCUCCCCUCCAGCCACGUGAUCAGAAGAGUUAUUUAAAGAGGCAGCAUGUGCGUAGAUCAGAGCCCAGGCUCGCCUGCCCUCCGCGCUGUGCCGCAGCUUGCACGGCCCCCGGCUCAUCAUGGCUGAAGCUUUCGCGGGCACCUGGAAGCUGGUGGACAGCAGCAAUUUUGAUAAAUACAUGAAAGCGAUUGGUGUGGGCUAUGCCAUGAGGCAGAUGGCAAACCUGACCAAGCCCAUCACCAUCAUCGAGCUGGAAGGGGACAAGGUCACCUUGAAGACCCAGAGCACCUUCAAGAGCACAGAGAUCAGCUUUAAACUGGGGGAGGAGUUCGAUGAGACAACUGCAGAUGACAGACAUGUCAAGUCUCUUGUGACACUAGAUGGAGGAAAACUUAUCCAUGUGCAGAAAUGGAAUGGAAUGGAGACUACGUUAGUCCGAGAACUAGAGGAUGGGAAGUUAAUUCUGACUCUCACCCUGGGCACUAUUAUCUGCACUCGCAUGUACGAAAAGGCAACAUAGAUGCCAGCUCUCUGCUGAUCACCCGGUGCUGAACUCACUGAAUUGCCUAUUCCCCCCCCCCCCCCACACACACACACACUUUGUAUUCAACUGAAUAUUUGAGCAUGGAGCCAGUGCAGGUGAGCCCUCCCUUUCUGCCCAUGACUCUGCUUUCUGUGGUACAGUGUUUCUGGUUUUUUUUAAUCUUGUAAGACCCCAUGCGGAAAAAAAUAAAUCAAAAGUUGUUACA